AUGAGGAAGGUAGACAUACCAGGCAAGAAGCCUCAAAAGGCCUUUAAUCUCCUAAUGAUCCUAAUCGCCAUCCUCUUCAUCUUCAUCUUUGGACUCAUCUACAUCCUACUGGUGUCUGCACCACCUAACCUGCACAAGCAUACAGGACCUAUGGACAAGCAGGAAGUUGAAGUAGCACCAAAAACUGUGGAAGCUGAGACUCUGCCUACACCUGAGGAGGCUGCACUAACAACAGCAACUAUGGAAACUGAGAUGCCGUCCCCACCUGUGGACAUGCAGGACACUGAACAAGGCCAAGUUGUCUUCCAGAUGCCGUCCACAUCUGUGGACAUGCAGGACACUGAAAAAGCCCAAACCCUGGAAGAACGCGUGCGCAUGUUGGAGUCCUGUGUUCAGAGACUUACAGAAGAUCUGAAGAAACUGGAUGAAGCAACACCCAAGGAUGUCCAGAAUCUGGAAAAGCGUGUGAACGGGCUGGAAGUAUCCCAGGUUUUAAAUAGCCACUUAGUUCAGAGGCUGACAGACGAUCUGAAGAAGCUGCGUGAAGAAGCUGCAAAGACCAACGAUGUUGACAUAAAAACACAGGAACUGACAGACAAGCUGGAGAAGCUGCGUGAAGAAGCUGCAAAGACCAAAGAUGUUGAGGUGGAGGAAGAGACCGACACCGCCAAGGAUCUAAAGGCACGUGUGGACCACCUGAUGACUGCAGAGACCACAAACCACAUCACCAUUCAGGAUCUAACCACACGUGUGGAUGGCAUGUCAGACAAACGUAAGGUGUGGUUUGCAGCAAGAAAUGGCAACAAAAAGACAUGUGAUGACAAGGUGAUCUUUGACGACGUGCGCACCAACAUGGGUAACGCCUAUGAUGCCAACAUAGGCAUUUUCACAGCCCCCUACAAGGGCGCCUACUUCUUCACCUUGGCCUACAAAUCAGCUGGUAAGAAGAUUCAUCUGGAUGUAUAUAAGGAGAAGGAUGGGAACAGAGAGUAUCUGAUGUCCCUGUAUGACACCACCUACAUCAAAGACAAGAACUACAUGGCCUCCAACAGCAGGAUGGUUGACCUGGAGCAUGAAGAGAAGGUGUAUGUCUAUGCUGAUAGUGACCAUGGACUUACAUCUAGUUGGUCUAACGUGUUCAGUGGCUUCCUGGUGUAUCCCAUGUAA